CCCCCCCCAGGCAUGGAGCCCGCGGGCGGCAGCAUCCAGGCGCUGCUGCGGGCCGCGGAGUUCCUGGAGCGCCGGGACCGCGGCGCCGCCACCGGCACCGGGAGGGGCGGCCGGGCCCCGCCGGGCCUGGCGGAGGCUGAGCACGGCUACGCCUCGCUGUGCCCCGCCCGCGCCCGGCAGGCGGCGGGCAGCGAUCGAGCUCGGUGCCCGUACCGACCGCCCCCGCUCUCCCGCAGGUCGGUGCACAACGCGCUGGAGAAGCACAGGCGAGCCCAGCUCCGGCGCUGCCUGGAGCAGCUGAAGCAGCAGGUGCCCGCCGGUACCGGGCCGGCCCGGCCCACCACGCUGAGCCUCCUGCACCGCGCCCGGCUGCACAUCCAGCGGCUGCAGGAGCAGGAGGUGAGGGCGCGGCGGGUGAAGGAGCGGCUGCGCAGCCAGCAGCGGAGCCUGCGGCAGCGCCUCGAGCAGCUGCUCGCACCUGCGGGCAGCGAGCGGCUGCGGGCGGACAGCCUGGACUCGUCCCGGCUCUCGGAGCACUCGGGCUCGGACGGAGAGGAGGCCGAGGUGGAUGUGGAGGGCGCGGUGUUCGGCGGGGAGCCGCCGCUGGCCGCCUUCAGCACCGGGAGGGACCACAGCUACUCCAGCCCCCGCGGGGCCUGGUCCUGACGGCGCCGCCUUCCGCACCGCCGGCCUCCUCCCGCUGCCCGUGCCGCAGGAAAUGCCGCCGCCAGCCUCACCGCCCGGGCACGGGGCACCGGGGGACACCGGGCACCCGGGCGCUGUGCGGAGCCGGGCACGGCGCAGCUAACGGCCCCCGCUGCGCGCAGCAAAGCACUUCGAGAGGGCGGAAGAGGCGCUGGCAGCCGGCCCGGCCACGGUGGGGACGCCGCGGAGCCCGAGGCUGCCCGCAGCUGGCACUGGGCAGCGCCCAGCCCCCCCAGACGCGGCUACCGGCCCGCUCCGCCGCCCGCCGGGGCCAGGAAGGGGAAGCGAGGGCGUUGAGCAACUCGCCUGCACGCUCCCACUGCUUCCUCGGCCCCCCUCCCCUGUACAUACCCGACACUGUUGCAGUAAAGGCACUUGG